AUGAAACUUACUUUGAUUAUUGCAAUAUUAUUAUGUAUAACUAUUCAGCAAGUCAUAGCUGUUGGACAAGAAAAAGCUGCGAGCACUGAUAGCAAAGAUGUUCAAUUACCUUCCAUUGAAAACAGUAUUUUAUCGUGGUUAAAAGAUAAUUUUCCAGCUGUUGAUAAUAUCAAAAAUAAUCUAACUAACAUAAUCGAUAAGUUUGGUAAUGCUAUUGAUGAAGGGCAAACAAAAAUUACUGAUUCAUUCAAAGGUGUAUCUGAACAAAUAAAAAAAUAUUUAUAUAUUGCAUUUAUAAUUGUUCUUCUAAUUCUCAUUCUACUUGCAUUGAAUUUGUGUACAAAUUUAUUUAUGUGUGUUCAUAUGUAUUGUCCAUCAUGUUUCAAACAUCAUCGAAAUAGUUCAUACAGCGAAAAUAAUGGACGUGAUUUUGAAAUUGGAACAACAACAGCAAUGAAAAGUCACUAUCAACAAAAUUUAUCAGAAAAUCGUUAA